AUGGCAGAAAAUCGAACACUGAGAGAGCUAACAGCUCCUAACUUGAACCAACAGCCGUUGUGCAUCGCAUAUCAGCAGUUGGAGGAAGGUGCUAAUGUUGAGAUCAAAUCUGGUCUAAUUCAUCUAUUGCCGGCAUUCCAUGGCAUGAAGGUGAGCAGACUUGAAGCUAAGGAUUCGGGAAAACUUCCAUCUCAAACGGAGUUGAAUCCUAAGCAACAAGCCAACGCUAUUACAUUGAGAAAUGGCAAGGAGCUGAAAGAGACUGAAAUUGCAACUAAGAGGGCUGAAGAGUUGAUUGGAGCUGAGGAGAAGGAAGUGGAACAUGAAGCUGUAGCAAAUCCUCCCACUUUUCCAUCUUAUGAACCCACACCACCUUUUCCUGAAGCUUUGAAAGAAACGAAGAGGUAUGAGAAGGACAAAGAUAUCUAUGAAACAUUCAGCAAGUGUGAGGUAAACAUUCCCCUUUUGAAUUUAAUAAAGAGUGUUCCUCGAUUCGCUAAAUUUUUGAAAGAACUUUGUACUAUUAAGAGGAAGCACAGGUUAGGAGGGAAGGAAAAAGUGAAAGUCAGUGCUCAUGUUUCUGCAGUUUUCCAAAAGAAACUUCCUGAAAAAUGCAGUGACCCUGGUAUGUUUACUGUUCCAGUUACAAUAGGGGACACCACUUUUCGUAGAGCAAUGUUGGAUUUGGGUGCAUCAAUUAAUGUUAUUCCAUAUUCACUGUUCAAAUCUUUGGAACUUGGACCCUUACAUGACACCGGGGUAGUGAUUCAAUUAGCUGAUAGAUCAAAUGUUUAUCCUAAGGGAGUAGUGGAAGAUGUGCUUGUGAAAGUUGAUGAACUAAUUUUUCCUGCUGAUUUUUAUGUGCUUGAUAUGGAACAUGAUAGACAAGCAGUACCCAUCUUGUUAGGAAGACCUUUCUUGAAAACUGCUAGGACUAAAAUUGAUGUUUUUACUGGUUCUUUGACUAUGGAGUUUGAUGGACAAGAAAUUGUGUAUAACAUCUAA